AUGUCUUUACCUCUCCUGUCAUCUCUUUCUAAAGCUUUCCAGGAGGAUGUAAGAAGGCCAACAAGUGCCUUUGAAAAGUCUGCCUUACUAGUUGAACCAGUUUACAAUGAUCACUAACAGCAUCCAAGAGUGUUAAGGAAGAUGUACAUGCCUGUUGUGAGGGGUCUUGAGAGCAAUCAUGGCUUUUCCAGCUUUGAAGAGAAAAACAGUAAUACUUUCCCUAAAUUUUAUCUACUCACCCCUCCUGUAGGGGUGAAUUACCCUUUAUUCCCACACCAGGAUGUUAUGCCUUUAAUAGAUCCCUGCUCAGGUUCUGUGAGUCCAAUAGCAGAUGCUGAACAGCAGCCCAGUGUUGGAAGAGCUAUUGAAUCCCUGGUGGACUACAGUGAUAUGAAACCUCACCAGUGGUCCCCACAGGAGGCCUUCAGGAGGAAACUAGCCAGAACAGACAGUGGGAGUCAGGAUAUGAUUCAAAGUGCUGGUGCAGUAUAUUUUGAAGACAUUGACAAUGCUUGUGUAGACUUAAUCCCACUUAACCAUGUGCAAACUUCAAAGUCUCGCUAUACAAGCACUGCACACACUCCAACUAUCCCUGGAUACACUGACAAGGUUCAUUGAUCAGCAACUCACCCGGGAAAUUCUAAUCUUCCAUCAACAACCCCAUCAGUAAUUGCACAAAUGCAUGAAUACAUAGCAAGACGUGGAGGCUUGUCUCAGUAUAAGCACCAAGGACUUUUUUCUCAAGUGUUUGCUCCAGUUGGUCCUCAUUCUUUCAACAAGGCAGAACAAGAAACCUUUACAAUUUAG